AUGGCGAUUCAAUCCACAGAAGUGCUGAUCUCCUCCAACGGCAUCGCUGAAGACAUUGCAUUCUGGACUUCGGACGAACUUGGCUUUCGCAUGGACCAGAUCUACCCUGCCGAUGAUCCAGCAGUCGCAACCUUAUCAGGUCAUGGCUUGCGCCUGCGGCUCGACAAAGCUGCUACGACCCAUCCCGGCACGAUACGUCUGCUAUGCGACCAUGUGCCACCGGAGAGGAAGACUUUGACCUCUCCAUCAGGAACAACAGUCGACUUCGUCUCCGCCGACAUUGAAUUCCCCCAGCCCCCAACCCAGCAUGCCUUCCGGGUCGGCCAUCUUGCCGAUGAUGCACCGUGGAUCGUAGGACGUGCUGGCAUGCAAUACCGCGAUCUCAUCCCUUCGCGACUCGGCGGAGCCAUAAUCGCCUCCCAUAUCCGCAUCCCAGACGCCGGACCUGUCCCAGACAACGUCCACUACCAUGCGAUCGGCUUCCAGCUGAUAUACUGCUACUCGGGGUGGGUACGUUUGGUGUACGAGGAUCAAGGACUACCUUUCAUACUUCAUGCAGGUGAUUGCGUCAUCCAGCCGCCCAGGAUUAGACAUCGAGUGCUGGAGUCCAGCGCGAAUUUGGAGGUCAUUGAGAUCGGUGUGCCUGCCGAGCACAUCACGACUCUGGACUGGGACAUGGAGCUGCCCACGCCGACGAGGAGACCCGAGCGCGAGUGGGACGGGCAGCGGUUCGUGCAUAGCCUGGCGAAGGAUGCCAUGUGGAAAUCGUGGCGUAUACCCGGCUUUGAGGCACGAGAUACUGGUAUUGCUGCAGGUACACAGGGUGUUGCAAGUGUCUGCGUAGUCAGACCUGAUAAAGGGUCUACGGACGCGAACGUAGUAACAACCCAUGACUCGGACAUCUUGUUCACCUUUGUCCUGACUGGUUCCUGCUCGCUACGCGGAGUUGGCUACGGCGAUCAUACUCUGCAAGCAGGCGACGCGUACACAGUACCACCCGGAGUUGAGACUAGCCUUGAUGCGCUAUCGGCUGAUUUGACUUUGCUUGAGGUUGCUCUGCCGGGAGAUUUCGUGACUACUGUACGAUCUUGA